AUGGACACAUUUUUUACUACAGCAUUGAAAGUAUCAAAUAAUAGCCUAGCAACAGGUAAAGUUCAUGAUAAAACAAUACCUGAACAACCCUCACCAACAGAUGCAUGUAAUUAUUCAUUAGUGGCGUUACUUACAAUGAAAGAAAGCCCUCCUGCACACAAUUAUUAUCAUCAUUCAUUAGGAAACUAUCAAAUAUCUUCAUCGCAUGAUAAUUUCAUACAUAUCAGUCCAUCAAAAAACCAAACAUUUGAUAAACCAAAAUAUAUCAUACAAAGAGUACCUGGUAAAUUAGAUGGUUUUAAUUAUAAUAUUGCUUUUGAACUAGACGAAUCACUAGCAAGAUUUUCUCCACCACAGACAUCAAUUAUAAUAAAUACUGAUUUUAGUGAUAUGGGACACGUUGGCAUUCCUCAUAUACUCCAUCUUAUUGGACAAGAUUAUCUUAAUACUGCUCAAUCCUAUGUAUCCUGUAUGAGCAUUAAAAACAAUUAUGAAGAUAAUCAACUUUUAACUGAUAUCGAAUCAACAACUAUAGACAUUGUCUAA